AUGUCUUUCUUACAGAAAAGUCUGCCCUACAAAGACAUAUUUGGCUUAACUCUGGACGAUUCAAUCUGGCGAGAUCAAAAAAGGACAACUCUACGAUCAAAUGAUUCGUCAGAACAGAUGUUGUAUCAAACCUUCUUUAUUCCAAAAAAUUUUCCACAUGUUCAACAAAAAUCGAAACAAGUUAACACUUUUUUUCAAUAUGGAUUUCCAUCAUUACUUGAAUUGAUACAAAUUAAUCAAAUGGAAAUGAAAAAACAACAACGUUUAGAUUUAAAUUUUCUCCCUAUUAUCACAACUCGUGAAGAUGAAAAACCUGAUAUUGAUGUGAAACUUCAAGAGAAUAGCCGAUGCUAUUCGUUGUUUCAAUACGAUCUUCUAUAUAGUAAAAGGAAUAACGAAGAAAGAUCAAAAACGCAAAUUUGCCCUUGUUGUCCACCUCUUGAUCUUCCAAAACCAUCACGUCAAAUUCAACGGCAGAUGGAUGAUAGCGUUUCUUACAUGCUUUCAAUUGGUGCGCCCAACAUCGAUUUCAUAAAAUCUUUGAACAAAACCAUUCAAUUGGAUUGUCAUUUUGAAGAUACCUUUUUAUUGAAUGAACUUGCGGAUGAAAGUUUUAAUGUGUCCAACGGUGUGUCAAAUCUAUUGGAUAAAUCUGUCCAAUCGGAUUUAGUGUUUAAUAAAUCUGCGGAUAGGAAAUUAAACCAGCCAAGAAAAAUGUUCUUAUUUGAGGAAAAACCCGUUAAACUGGUUAAUUCUUCAUAUAAUGGUGUGGUUAAACUUCACGAGCAAAGUAAUGAUAAAUCAAUGCUACAAUCUUCAUCGUUGACCGUAGAGAAGGUUCAUAGUAUUUUAAAGAUUUAUCAUUCAACAUCUAAAGGUUUAAUUGAAAAGAAAGAACGAAAGAAUUUAAUUGAUUUCUCAGCAGUCGAUGAGCGAGAAACUUUGGAUGAUAUUAAAGUUAGCAAUGUCAAAAUUUUCAAAUGUGUUCAAUGCGAUAAGGAAUUUCCCAAUAAAUAUUCUAGGAAAAAACACGUUAUACACGAUCAUAAUUAUUUUUGUAAAUUUUGUAACAAUGUUUCAUAUAAUGUAAGACAGAUGCAUCUUCAUGAAGAAAAAACUCAGAGUGGUUACGUUACGAUAUCAAGAAAAAGACGCCCAAGACAAAAAAGGAGAGAUUCUGGUGCUACCCGUAGAUAUUAUUGCUGUGGACAAACUUUUAAUACGGGAAGAGAAUUUGGCAUACAUAAAAGUACUCACAAGUUUAUGAGUAAUAGAAAAUGA